GUCAGAAUUCGUCUUGUGGAUCUGGAGAGUGGCCAAGAGACAUUAAAAUCAGGUCUUGUAGAGGUGUUGAGAGACUCAGAGUGGAGGUCAGUGUGUGACGAUUACUGGACAUAUGAGGAUGCCAAUGUAGUCUGCCGACAACUUGGUUUCUUGGGAUUUGGUGCUACACUAAUUCGCAUGGGCUUCUUCAAUGCGAAUGAGCCCAGACGAUACUGGCUGGAUGAUGUUAAGUGCAAUGGAGAUGAGUCGUCACUGUUUGAUUGUCCACACAGAGGUUGGGGGGUCCAUAACUGUGGUCGAAGAGAAAGAGCAGGAGUAAAUUGCCUCAAUGAGAGUGACAUUGACAUACGUAUAGUCAAUGAUGACAUUUUUGAUAAUAUAUCUGGUGCUGUUGAACUGAGGAUGGGUAAUGAGUGGAGGUCACUGUGUUGUAACCACUGGACUAGCCAGGAUGCCAGAGUAGCUUGCAGGCAACUUGGACACUCUGCUGAUGGU